GUCCUAAUUUCUGCCGUCAUUUCCUUUAGUGAUCGACUGAAAUGCCUGCUUGAAAAAAGUGCGACGCAGUUGGCCACGUUUUUGAGAAGGAUAUUGUGUUGGCUUUUGGUCGCUUUCUGGUUCAACACAAUGUUUACAACCCGUGAUUGACGUUAUCAACCGUCGAAGCCUGAAAGAACCGUUGGAAAUAAACGUUUCCUGGGUUACGUCAGUUCAGCUCGUAUUUGUGACCCGCCAAAACCCGCAGAAGUUCAGCGAGGAAGUGACCAUUUUGUGAGUUAUCUGUUUACGAUAACGUGACUUUGUGUUGAAGUUGUCCUUCUGCGAACCAAAAUGAGUGGAUUCAACUUUGGGCAAGCCUCCACUGGCUUUUCCUUCGGGACCCAGAAGCCCGCAGCCGCAGCCCCGGGCUUCGGCAUGGCCAGCUCCACACCUGCGGCUCCGGGAGGCGGCUUCUCCUUCGGCACUCCGACUCAGGCCGUCGCCAACCCCAACCCGGCCGGCUCCUUUAGCUUUGGCACCCCAGCAGCGACCACAGCAGCCAGCGGAGGCUUUUCUUUCGGGAGCCCCGCUGCCUCAUUUGGAAUGGCCACUCCUCAACAAACAGCAGUAGCACCAGGGAUGAGUAUGGGGAUGAGUAUGGGCUCCGCAGCAGCUCCUCCAGCCGGGUCAGGGUUCACCCUGGGCACAGCUAUGUCUGCACAGACCACCGCCCCUGCAACAGGGGGCUUCUCUUUUGGGACUCCUGCUCAAACUCAACCUGCAGCUCAACCCCAACUUGCAGCAGCACCAACAGCUGCAGUAACAGCAACUACAGGAGCAGGGGGUCUCUCUUUUGGAGGGUUCAGCUUUGGAGCAAACAAGGUCCAGGCGACCGCAGCAGCCACCACUGCUGCCCCUAUCGCUGCACCUAUCGCUGCCCCAGGAGGGGGCUUCAGCUUUGGUACAGCUGCUCCAUCCAACCUCACUCUGGGUAUGCAGCCUCAGCCAGCCCCUACUGCUGCAGCCACAACCGGCCAGGGUGGAGGAUUUGCCUUUGGGAUUAAACCCUCUACCACCCCGGCUCCUCCUGCCUCCAUCCAGCCGACCCUAGCUACAGGCCCGUCUCUCUUUGCUUCACCCAUCUCUGCAGCACCUGCGGCUGCGGCUGCUGCUGCUGCGGCUGCUGCUUCUGCCGCCGCCGCUACAACAGCGAGCCUUACAGGCUUCACUAUGGGUGCAGCUCCAACUUUAGCUGCAAGCACUGCAGCUGCAACAACCACAGCAGCUGGUGGAGCUCUGGCUUUCAUGCUCAAACCUCUUGGGGCAGCUACCAUCACCUCUGCCUCUGUCCCUGCCGCCACUGCUGCCGCUACAACAGGUGCUGUGACAGGCUUUUCACUGGGACUCAAACCUUCAACCGGCAUGAGCCUCGCCGCAACAACUACAGCAACUGCAAUCCCUACAACCACAGCUCCUCCAGUGAUGACCUAUGCCCAGCUGGAGGGUCUCAUUAACAAGUGGAGUCUUGAGCUGGAGGACCAAGAGAGACAUUUCUUACAGCAGGCUACUCAGGUGAACGCCUGGGACCGCAUGUUAGUGGAGAACGGGGAGAAGAUCACAUCCCUGCACAAGGAGAUGGAGAAGGUGAUGAAGCUGGACCAGCGCAGGCUAAACCAGGAGCUGGAUUUCAUCCUGUCCCAACAGAAGGAGCUGGAGGACUUACUCUGCCCGCUGGAGGAGUCUGUGAAGGAGCAGAGCGGAACCAUCUACAUGCAGAACGCAGACGAGGAACGUGAAAGAACGUACAAGCUGGCCGAGAACGUGGACGCUCAGCUGAAGAGGAUGUCUCAGGACCUGAAGGAGAUCAUCGAGCACCUGAACACAUCCAGUGGCCCGGCAGACACACUUCAGCAGAUCUGUAAGAUUCUCAACACCCACAUGGAUUCACUGCAGUGGAUCGAUCAGAACUCGGUUCUUCUGCAGAGAAGAGUGGAGGAAGUGUCCAAAUCGUGUGACAACCAGCGCAAAGAGCAGGAGAAAAGCUUUCGUUUAACAUUUGACUGAACUGGAAUUAACAUGUAUAUUGAUAUAAUGAUAGUUCUCCUACAGUUGUCCCAAAGAGGGAACUCUCCUUAGGGGUUAAGAUCUUUUUGAUGCAAAACAUUCAUCACAAUUCCUGUUUCCUUUAUUCCUCAGCUGUUUUGAGUCGUUUGGUUGCAUAAAUAUAAUUAUUUUCAAUGCAAUAGUUUUUAUAUAGAGUGGACAAAAUAACGAUUUGUUUCAAUGUAAAUGCAAUGGUUGUUAUAAAAAGUAAGAUUAAAUAAUCUUUGGAUUAAGGUGGUGUUUUCUUGGUUGGAAAAUAAACAUAAAUGACAUUUC